AAUGUGUCCGGCGGAUGCUUUGUCCCUUCCUCGGUCGAGAGCUGCGUGGUAUUGUCAUUUUUCACGGAAAAAGGAACUUGGACUUUGAUAAAAGAGAUGCCACCGACAUCCAUAAACCAAGAAACCCCACUCCCCUAUCUGCGUGUGCUGGUGCCCCCACUCAGGCUGGUAUCAGCAGCCAUCUGGCACACUGUGCAGCACAGGAUUGUAUCGGCCUAUGGGCUUCUGGACCAUGUUAUCACAGAGAUCACUGAAAUGGUCCCUGGGCUGCUCAAUUGCAGACAGAGGUGGUUGCUGUGUUUUAACUUUCAAGCACAGCUGGUACUUGAUUUGUGCCGCCCGGGUCAAACCAUCGACUUGAACACACUUCAGCCACACUUGGAAAGAAUGCAGCAGCUCAGUUCGUUGUUGAGCAAAGAGGUAUACAACUCAGCGGAGGGAAUCAGUGGACCAAGCAUGCUCAUUAUUCUUAUUCAAAGACUGAUAACGGACCAAGAAAACAGGCAUCACUUUUACCAGGAUGUUUUCCCCCAGAAAUAUGGGCCAGAAUAUUACAAAGCUGUGGAGUUGCUUGUGAUGAAAUUCCUUGUGGCGCUUGAGAGAUUACUAGUGGUGCCAAAUCUUCAACAGGUGGCCAAUAUGCUUGGCAGUGCUCCAUCUGUUCUGGCUGAAUGCGUUGCAUUUCCACUCCACCAAGAGCUCAAAUCCAUCUUGGAACACCAAAAGGACUGCAAUAAUCCCAGAAAUAUUGAUGUUCUGCAUACAGGAGACGGUGUUUGCACGGUUCCAUCUCCCCACUCCCUGGAGAUGAUCCUCGUGGAGGAGGAGGAGACCCUUUUGAAAGCCAACAUGUUGGAUGACUACGUGGACCCGCCUGGCAGAGCACAGACCAUGGACGUGGCAACUGCGGAAAAUGCCAGGAUGGGAUUUGACACAAAAGACACAAUGAGUGUAGAAGACUUUGUCACCAUUCGCCCCAUUAUGGUCAAAGUGUAUAGUCUAGAGGAUAUUGCUUGCCUACAGAAGAUGGUGCCUUCACAAAGCCCUCAUGUUGUUCUGGAUCCCCGCGCUGUGGAGUUACAUUUGGGAAGUAAUAUUAAAGGGCCGGAAGAUGAGAAGGUUAAACUCUGUGUGGGAACGAAUGGGGAUUCCACAAGUGAAGGACAGAGCUCUGCCUUUGUUAAGAUGGAACAAGACAUUGUAAUGAUUACCGUAGGAGACACUCCUCCAAAUGAUCACCUCAAAAACACGUGCAUGUCAAAUGUGGCACCUGCAUCGACAAUGGCCAAUGCGGUGGCACCAGCUUCGCCAGAUCCCUCGAGAAGCCCGGUCAGACCCAACAGAGUUAUCGAGUUGUCCGAGUAUUUCAGGAGGAGGCGAAGAAACGAGCCCAAAGCCAAUAGGACUUGUCCCACCUGCGGCAAAAUUCUCAGCCGCUCAUCAGAUUUGGCCAGACAUCAGUUGACGCACACUGGGGAGCGACCGUUCCAGUGCACUCAGUGUCAGAAAGCCUAUCAGUUCCACCACGACCUGAAGAAACAUAUUUUAAGACUUUGUCCCGGCGCUGGACCAGGAAUGGCAUCACCACAGACACCAGAUGACCAAACCGCCAAAAGCCUGAAUACGGAGGACGGCUCACGCGAACUACGGAGAACUACGGAGAGCUACCAGGAGGCUCCCCGGCGACGAUGAAAUGCGCCCUCAAAUAAAAUGUAUUAUUAUUAACGGAGGAGUAUAAACCAGCCUUUAUGGCCGAAGUAUACUUCUCCGACUCCGUAAUCCGGUCAAGUAAGCCUGUCAAUUUAUAUGUUGACUACUAACCAUGUAAAUAGUGCUGUAAAUAAACUUCCAUAGCUUUUCAAAUCUUAUUUGGCGUUUUAUUGGUCCUUACAGUUUUUCUCGAUUGUAUACACACAAAAAAUUGAACUAUGCACACAAUUCUGAAAACUUGAAGCUCAUGUAUCAACUACAAGACUCCAGACUGCUCAACUCUAAGCACAAUUCCACUCUUUUCACACAUAGAGAAAUUCUACAUCACAUUUUUGCAACUCUUAAGCACAAAUCUCAUCAUUUAGCACACUUGGUUCACCUGGAAACACUGGCCUUCAAACGCAACAACUAAUUACCAAUAAGUCUAUCACUUCUCAACUGGCAAAACACUUCAAUCAUGUGUCAGAGCAUAAAAGAGGCCUCAGGGGAGCUCUACUGUGUUGUAGAUAAGGUCCUCUGGCCUGAUCGGGAUCAGAGGUUGGAUACAGACUGAUUUACAUGUAGAUCUGUUUCACCUCAUUUAUAUUAUUUUUAUUUUUUGUUGGCCUACGAAAAGCUUUUUAUGCAGUCAGUUCAGCUGAACAUUUUACUAUAUUACAGAAAUAAAUACAUAUUUUCUUUGCUACCUUUUUGUACUUGUGCAAUGAUUUCCUCAUUACAGCCCACGAAAGACAGUCUAAACAUUUUCUUACUGUAGUGUUUUUCAUUUUACUUAUCAGUGCAAUUACUGUACUGUAAUUUGCCAAAAUAGGUAACAUUGGUGUAUUGUCAGAACAAUGUUGCAGUAUCAACUAAAGGGGUACAAUAUAAGCUGGGAUUUUGAGUUUAGCCCAUUGGAGCUCAUUGGAUAGACAAAUAUGCAUUGUAACCUAUUCUGAUACGAUUGUGUCAAUGGGUAGAUGAUAAAUGGGGGUGAAACAGUAUUUUUUUUUAAAGUUCAAAAUUUCUUGAGAAUUGUAUGAAUUUGUAAUGUUCAAACACUGUAGUUUUUGAAACUGCUAGAGGUUAGCAGAUUUUUUUCACGUUAUGUAAUUUAUUAAGCUUUUCUCACAGCUCCACACAAAAUAUGCCCUGCGGUGUGACAUGACAUUACAAUAAAAUUCAAAUAUUUAAAUAUUGUUGAUUUCAAAUACAAAUCAGGUAUGUUUUUAGUUUAAGAGGUAUUCUUAAGGAAUGAUCAUUACAAAUCUGCAUAUGUAUUUUUUCACAGCUGUUUUUGGAUUCUAUUCCUUACUUGUGCCAUCUUUUAUCACUCGCUCCCGUGGAAAUAUUGGGUAAAAUGAGAAAAAAUAUUUGAAAAUGUUGAUUUUUUUUCCUUUGAUAUAUUAUGCAAUGUUUUCAAAUGGACAUUAUUAUUAAAGUUAACAUCGUAAAAGUUA